AUGGGCGUCGCAGAGGUAGUCCAUGCGAUUCAGCCUUUGCGCGGAGCGGUCGUUCCUAUUCGGACAGUCCAGGAAACGCGACCACUUGAGGAAUUCGAUGACGCCUAUGUCGCAGAAGUCAAUGUGAAAGGUGCAGCGAAGGUGAUAAAGGCGCUCGACUCCAAGUAUCCCCGAGUUCCCUCGCUCCCUCUUUCGCAUCUACGCCGCUUUGCCAAAAGAGAGAUCCUGCCAGCGUCACUUCGCGCCGCAAUUGAAGCCCAGGGCUCACCUGCAGCAGGAGGACCAAAGACUAUCUUUGUUGUCAUUUCACCCCCAUUGCCUCCCGCAGAGGCACUGCAAGAACUACUCGCUCCCUUCGCGCCAGAAACUUAUGGCUCCAAUCAACCCACCGCUUCGCCUGAUCCAUCUACACCUGAGCCCCCACCCGCAAAUAUCCAACUCUACCCUAUCAAGAUUCCAAUUCAACCGCCUUUCAAUGCUGCCCAAGCUGAACGAUGGAGCAGAACACUCUGGCCUGUCGUAUUUAACCCCGCCGCACCCCGGUCCACUGUCGCUCCGCCCCCUCAGAUCCUGACUCGGGCCCAGGAAACCAUCGAGCCUCGUGCAGGAUACUAUCUCUCUCUUGCGCGUAAAGUUGCAGAUGAAGCGAUCCAGUCAGGCCGUGGCCGCGGCGUCGGAGCAGUCAUCGUCGAUCCGGCCAUCGAAGCCGCACUCGAAGCAGCAGCAGAAGAAAGUGGCGAGUCCAGUACUGAACGAUGGACUGACGCUGUCCUCGCUGUUGGCGGUGAUGUUCGUUUCGCCCGAUCAGAAGCUGGAAAGCCAUCCCAGACAGAUUUACACCCCGGCGUCACUCCUAACCCGGCCUGCGCGAUGUUCAAUGCCGAUGUAGAAGGCGGCCCAGAUCUGCAUGCACUGAUGCGUGCCGUGGAGCUUGUUGCACGACGACGCCGCGAAGAUCCCGAGCACCAGGAAGCGAUUGCAACUGCCUCGACCCCGCAAUCUGUUGUUUUUACGGACCCUCAGCUUUCUAUGCAACUGAGUCCUCUCGAGUCAUACUUCCUUUAUCAACCUGGUCUUCCGACCACCCCCACCAGCGUCCCUGCGGUCAACACCAAACAGGAGUCCUCGCCUAGCCCCCAAAAGAAAAGGAAACACGAAGAGCCUAAUCCUGAAUCUAUCUCUGCUUCUCUUGACCCUAUCAGCCUUAACCCCACCCAUGCCGCACAAGGGCAAACCCAGCCUACAACGCCUCCCCUCCCAGCUCCCCCACCAUCAACCGUCACGACUUUCACUGAUCCUACGACUUCUCACCCUCUUAUUGAGCAGGCGAAAUCUACUCCUACCUCUCCUGUCCCAGGUGUAACCUCUCGUAUUCGCACCCGCUCGCAAGGAGGAUAUCUCUGCACAGAUCUCGACAUUUACAUGUCUCACGAGCCUUGUCUCUGCUGCUCUAUGGGCCUGCUUCUCUCUCGGUUCCGCGCUGUUAUCUUUCCGCGUUCCGGCCGGAUGAAGAGUGGCGGUCUGGCGUCGGAGCCUGUUAUUGCUCCUACGCCUUGGGAUGAUGAUUCCGACGACGAGACUGAAGAGGUGGAUGAGAAGAACAAGGCUGGAAAUGAACGUUUGUACUAUGGCUUGCACUGGAGGAAGGAAUUGAACUGGCGCGCUUUAGGAUUUGAGUUUGUUGAGGAUGAGGAACACCAGGACAAGGGUGAAGAUGAUGUGGUCUUCAAUGCUUGA